AGGAGCUAGGGUUGGCCACGCCCCCGACGCUGUGCGUGCCUCCAAUUCUUCCUGACUGCUUUGGGGUUGCUUCUGCUUUUCUGUCAUUCCUUCUGUGGACACCGGAGGAGCAAGAUGGCGGCGCGGACUAUGCAAGCUGCGAGAUGUCCCACAGACGAACUCUCCUUAAGCAACUGUGCUGUGGUCAAUGAAAGGGACUUUCAGUCUGGCUUGCAUGUGGUUGUGAAAACCUCACCAAACCACAAAUACAUUUUUACACUAAGAAGUCAUUCCUCAGUUGUUCCAGGCACUAUUGCCUUCAGUUUACCACAGAGAAAAUGGGCAGGACUUUCUAUCGGGCAAGAAAUAGAUGUGUCCUUGUAUAACUUUGAUAAGACCAAGCAGUGCAUUGGCACUAUAACCAUUGAGAUUGACUUCCUGCAGAAGAAGAGUGUUGACUCUAACCCCUAUGACUCAGACAAAAUGGCAGCAGAGUUCAUCCAGCAGUUCAAUAACCAGGCAUUCACAGUUGGACAGCAGCUUGUCUUCAGCUUUAAUGACAAACUUUUUGGCCUCUUGGUCAAGGACAUUGAAGCCAUGGAUCCCAGCAUCCUUAAAGGAGAGCCUGCUACAGGCAAAAAACAGAAGAUCGAAGUUGGUCUUGUUGUUGGGAACAGUCAAGUUGCAUUUGAAAAGGCAGAGAGCUCUUCCCUCACUCUCAUUGGAAAAUCAAAAACUAGGGAAAAUCGUCAGUCUAUCAUUAAUCCUGACUGGAAUUUUGAGAAGAUGGGCAUUGGAGGUCUUGAUAAGGAAUUUUCAGACAUCUUUCGGCGUGCAUUUGCCUCCCGAGUGUUCCCACCUGAGAUUGUGGAGCAGAUGGGUUGUAAGCAUGUGAAAGGCAUCCUCUUAUAUGGCCCCCCUGGCUGUGGUAAGACUCUGAUGGCCAGGCAGAUUGGUAAGAUGCUGAAUGCCAGAGAACCGAAAAUAGUGAAUGGACCUGAAAUCCUCAACAAAUAUGUUGGCGAAUCUGAGGCCAACAUUCGCAAGCUCUUUGCAGAUGCUGAAGAAGAACAAAAAAGGCUUGGUGCAAACAGUGGUGUCCACAUCAUUAUCUUUGAUGAGAUUGAUGCCAUCUGCAAACAGCGAGGGAGUAUGGCAGGCAGCACUGGCGUCCAUGACACAGUUGUGAACCAGCUCUUGUCCAAAAUUGAUGGGGUUGAGCAGCUGAAUAACAUCUUGGUCAUUGGUAUGACCAACAGGCCUGAUCUGAUAGACGAGGCUCUCCUGCGACCUGGACGACUGGAGGUGAAAAUGGAGAUUGGUUUGCCAGAUGAAAAGGGUCGAAUACAGAUUCUCAACAUCCACAUGGCAAGGAUGCGGACUCACCAGCUGCUGUCAUCAGAUGUUGAUAUCGCAGAGUUGGCAAUAGAGACCAAGAACUUCAGUGGUGCUGAGCUUGAGGGUCUGGUUCGCGCAGCACAAUCCACUGCUAUGAACAGACACAUUAAGGCCACCACCAAAGUGGAAGUUGAUAUGGAGAAGGCAGAAUCACUGCUGGUGACAAGGGAUGACUUCUUUGCUUCUCUGGAGAAUGACAUCAAGCCGGCAUUUGGGACCAACCAAGAGGAUUAUGCAAGCUACAUCAUGAAUGGCAUUAUUAAAUGGGGUGACCCUGUUACUCGGGUGCUGGAUGAUGGGGAGCUUCUAGUUCAGCAGGCCAAAAACAGUGAUCGUACUCCCUUGGUCAGUGUCCUUUUGGAAGGUCCCCCUCACAGUGGGAAGACAGCACUAGCUGCAAAGAUUGCAGAAGAAUCUAACUUCCCUUUUAUCAAAAUCUGCUCUCCUGAUAAGAUGAUUGGCUUUUCAGAAACUGCCAAAUGCCAGGCAAUUAAGAAGAUCUUUGAUGAUGCUUACAAGUCACAACUUAGCUGUGUGGUGGUGGAUGACAUUGAAAGACUCCUAGAUUAUGUUCCAAUUGGUCCCAGAUUCUCCAAUCUGGUGUUGCAGGCUCUUCUGGUGUUGCUGAAGAAAGCACCACCUCAGGGUCGCAAACUUUUGAUCAUUGGGACCACCAGUCGCAAGGAUGUCCUGCAAGAAAUGGAGAUGCUGGAUGCUUUCAGCACCACAGUCCAUGUUCCAAACAUUGCUUCAGGAGAGCAUCUCAUGGAGGCCCUGGAGCUCCUGAGUGGCUUCAAAGACAAAGAACGCAGCACUAUUGCCCACAGUGUCAAAGGGAAGAAGGUUUGGAUUGGCAUCAAGAAGCUCCUGAUGUUGAUUGAGAUGUCAGUGCAGAUGGAUCCUGAGUAUCGAGUGAGAAAAUUCCUGGCACUUCUAAGAGAAGAAGGAGCCUUUGGUGAAUAAUGCCUGGUGCACAACUGGCUAGUGAAUUUGCAUGCACUUUCCCUCUCUGGAUUCCAAUCUGUGUAUGCCACCAACAUCUGUACCCUCCGUCCCCAAGGUACACUCUCUCUCUUUGCAGUAGCCCAUUGGAUUUAUAGUGAAGCCAGAAUCUUCUUCAGGAGCCAGUAGCUGGGAAAGCAGCCAGGCAGGAGACUGCUCCGCUGGAAUCAUCUUCUCUCUUCUGUGUGGUGCAUCCGGACAAGAGCAUAACAUUCAACUCUCUUCAGAGAUCUCCCCACCUCUCCUUUUUGCAUGUUGGACACAAACAAAUGAUCCAUCCUUUGUCAUCUGUUGUCUUCAAUAUCCUGAUGUUUUGUGGCAAAUCAUAUCUCUUCUAGUAUAAUUGCUUUCGUACUGUGCCGCUUGCUGCACCUGCUCAAUCAGUAUUGGUGCACAAAGGGGAGGAAUGGAAAUUUGCCAAGUACAAGUCUGUAGAUGUUAAUGCUGACACUGACAGUAGCUCCUUUAAAAUAAGUCUUUCUCAUUCCUAAUCCACACCAAUCCAGUGUGAAAGCUGAUUAAAGUUUGCAGGGUACUAAAUGCACUUUAUACCCAGUGGCUUCCCCAGCUUCUUCCACACUUGUUGCAUAGUUGCUCCCUUUUUGUAGAUCUGUACCACAUUGAGGAAUUCCUUAGACUAACAGUAGCCAAAGUAUUGAAUGCCACUACUUGUUUCAUAUGAGCUAGAAUCCAGAGAGUGUGUUCUGCUGUGAUUUCAGGAAAGACAGACUAUCAUGGCUGUAAUAUUUGGAGGCUCAACAACAUCUGGAGUGGUUGCAGUCAGUUUAUCUCCAGGGCUGUUUCACCACAGCAGUGAUGGUAACCUGAUGUAUUUAUGGUUUUGGCCUAAGAAAUAUAAUUUGGGUGUGCUCAUAGAGGCAGAGUACAUGAUAUUCCUCUAAAACUUUGGGACAGAGGGACCCUCCUACAUUUUGUUGGAGUGGUCUUUAUCUGCUGAAAUCAUAUUUGGUUUCUUGUAAAGGAAUGCUACAUUUUCAUUUGGGAAACUCAGGUGCUUCAGAUGUUGUUGGACUGCAUUUCCCCAUAACCCUAGAUAGCAUAGCCAGUGAUGAAGGAUCAUGCAGAUAAAAGCAUUUGGGAGGAUCACAGUUGCCCAUCCUUGAUUUAGGGAAUCGGAUGUGUAGCUUCUACAGUGCGUAGGUACAGGUAUGCCAUUCUUUUGGCAAGUGAAACAUCUGCACUCUUAGCCUUUCUUUUAUCAAGAGCAAUGUAUUGCAUGGCCCUGAAAACAAGUGACUAAAUCAA